ACUACAAAAUACAUUCUGAUUUAAUUUUAAAAGACAAUUUCUUCAAAUCCAAUCAAUCCAAUCAGCCAAUUCUAAACUUCUUAUUUUGUAAUCCACUUUUCAUUCAACUUCUCCUGAACUUCAUCCCUUCCUAUCUUAUCGAGUUUCUUUCUGAUCGAAGCUCUUUUCAUCAAUCUAAUCCUACAAGAAAAUGUGUGGUAUCUUUGCUUAUGCUUCUUUCUUAGUCGAAAAGGAUCGGCGUUACAUCAUUGAGACCCUCUUGAAUGGCUUACAAAGAUUAGAAUACCGUGGCUAUGACUCUGCAGGUAUUGAGGUGGAUGGCGACAAACCUGGAGAGGUGUUCAUCUUCAAACAAGUUGGAAAGGUUAAGCUUCUAAGAGCUCACACUGAACAAGCUACCGUCGAUUUCGAUAAGCAAUUCUUGAUUCAAUCAUCAAUGGCUCAUACUCGAUGGGCUACCCAUGGUCAACCUUCGUCCCUCAAUUGUCAUCCUCAUCGCUCUGAUGCUACCAAUGAAUUCACUGUCGUUCACAACGGGAUCAUCACGAACUAUAAAGAACUUAGAUUGGUGCUCGAAAAGAGAGGAUAUGAAUUCGAGACUGAGACUGACACUGAGGUGGCGGCCAAACUUUGCAAGUUCUUGUUUGAUAACAGCAAGGGCAAGAAUCUAACAUUCACCACUUUAAUCAAAGGAGUGAUCAAAGAGCUCGAAGGUGCAUUUGCUUUUGUAUUCAAAUCGGUCCAUUUCCCCGACGAAAUCGUUGUUUGUCGUCGAGGUUCCCCAGUUCUGAUCGGUGUAAAGACCGAGAAAAAGUUGAAAGUCGACUUUGUUGACGUUGAGGUAGCUGGUCCUAACGAGGGAGAGGUCGAGUCUCUCUCUUCCCCGACUGAUGCCGCUUCCCAAACAAAAUCUGGUUUACUUGCCCCACCCACGGAAGGUGGACUCAAACCAGGUGGUGCCAAGUUGAUCCGAUCUCAGUCUAGAGCGUUUGUCUCCGAUGAUGGAGUACCUCAACCCAUCGAGUUCUUCAUCGCGUCUGAUGCUUCGGCUAUUGUCGAACAUACCAAGCGUGUCCUUUAUCUCGAGGACGACGAUAUCGCCCAUAUUGCCGAAGGAGAGUUCCACAUUCAUCGUUUACGACGAAACGAUGGAGUGUCGUCGGUCAGAGCGAUCGAAACUCUCGAGAUGGAGUUAGCCGCUAUCAUGAAAGGCAACUUUGAUCACUUUAUGCAAAAGGAGAUCUAUGAGCAGCCUGAAUCAGUUGUCAACACCAUGCGAGGUCGUGUUAACUUUGAUACGGGCCGAAUCAAUCUAGGUGGUCUCAAGGCUUACUUGCCCACAAUCAGGAGAUGUAGGCGUAUUGUGUUUGUGGCGUGCGGUACCAGUUUCCAUUCAUGCUUGGCUACUCGGGCGAUUUUUGAAGAGCUUACUGAAAUUCCGGUGUCGAUCGAAUUAGCCUCUGACUUCUUGGACCGUCGCACUCCCAUCUUCAGGGAUGAUACUUGUAUCUUUGUUUCUCAAUCAGGGGAGACUGCCGACACAAUCUUAGCCAUGCGAUAUUGCUUGGAGCGCGGCGCGCUCAAUGUGGGAGUAGUCAACGUUGUCGGCUCGACUAUCUCUCGAGAGACUCAUUGUGGAAUUCACAUCAAUGCCGGCCCAGAAAUCGGAGUCGCAUCCACCAAGGCCUACACCUCUCAAUACAUUGCUCUAGUCAUGAUGGCUAUUCAACUAUCGGAAGAUCGAAUGUCAUUGACUGAACGUCGCAAUCAAAUCAUUGAUGGACUUCACGAGUUACCUCGCCAAAUUCGAGAGAUUUUGACUCAAGAUAAGGAGAUUCAACAACUAGCUGGUACAAUCAGCAAGGAAAGAAGUUUGCUGAUCAUGGGUCGUGGUUAUCAACAUGCAACUUGUCUUGAAGCUGCUUUGAAAGUUAAAGAGCUGACUUACAUGCAUUCAGAGGGUAUUUUGGCGGGAGAGCUCAAACACGGUCCCCUUGCGCUCAUUGAUGAAAAUAUGCCCGUUAUUAUAAUCAUGACGAAAGAUUCACUUUACCCUAAGGUUCAAUCGGCUCUUCAACAGGUCACGGCUCGUAAAGGUUCUCCAAUCGUGAUAGCCAAUGAGGGUGACACUGGCUUGACAGCUGCGGACUCUACCAGAAUAUUGAGAGUACCGCAGACAGUUGAUUGCUUACAAGGUCUCCUAGCUAUCAUUCCUAUGCAGUUGCUUAGUUACCACAUCGCUAUUUUGAGAGGUGUUGAUGUUGAUUUCCCUCGUAACUUGGCCAAGAGUGUGACGGUGGAAUGAGUCCUAUUUUAUUUUGUUCAAUGUACCAAGUUUCAUCUUUUAUUUGUCAUCGGGUGACCGAGUUAAUAGAAUUUUCAAAAAAAAACUGUAAGACAAUCAUUUUCUCCAAUCUUGGACGGUAACAAUUCAUCGAAGUUGAAAGGGACCAUCAUUUUGCAACUUUCCCAAUGUUUUGCAAAAUUGAACCACGUCAAAGAGGCUUUCUUUUUUGAAAGAAUGAGCAAAAGAUAAACUGAGGCGCAAAGAUAACCAAGAAGCCUAAAGAAAUCUGAAAUCGCUUGUUCUUUCUUAUUUCUUAUUUCGUUCCUUCCACAUUCUCCCUAUUCAUCUGAAAAUUAGAUGUCUAUCUUUCUAUGUAAUGAACACUAUGUUGACAGGAAUGAUGAGCUUAACUCAAAAAUCCUAAACUUGAAAGCUGCGAGUUUAUAGAAUCCUUUAUGCAGUUGUAUCAAUUUUAAUUUCAUAAUAAUAAGUGAAGUGAUUUAAAAUAUUCUUACCAGAAUCAGACUGACAAAAGGCUGAGGGUUGCCGGGAAUAUACUACAUUCUCGUUAGGUCU